AUGAUAACAAUCAAGGCGCUAACAGUCCACGAUGAGUUGCAUCAAGAGGAGCACUGCACGCAGGUCAGGAACGAAGACAGUAAAAAUGAGAAUGGUAAAGAUGAGACUGGGGAGAGCCACAGCACUGGCUCUGUUAGAUCUAUAACCAGGGACAUAGAGAAGCCUUGGGUGAGAACAGACAAAGUGGGACAAGAGGUCCCUUUUGAAAAUGAAGACCAAUCUUAUGCAAGUCUGCUGGCAGCAUCUCAUCCACAGGACAGCCUUAGUAACCUGAUUUACCAUGCGUCUCCACUGGAGUCUAUAAAAGAAUUGGAUGAGAUGGAUGGAAGGGAAGAACAAGUGUCUGAACUAGAGAGGAGCCCUGGAGAUGGGGCUGUUAAAAUCAAACAGCAGGACACUGAUGAUGGCUUCCCACUACAAUCUGAGAAGGAAAGGUGUGAGGUACAAGCUGGAUCAAAUCCUGGAGCUGUUCUCAUAGGGCAAUCAGUCUUUGAGGAUACCUUGGAGUCUACAAUCAUGCGUGACGAAAAUGAGCCUCUGGACCCAACAGGUAAAGAUUUGUUGCAGGUCACUCCUAAUGGUGAGCAUCACCAGAAGGAAUCACACAAGGCUCUUGUGCUGGCAGACGACAGGUGGGAGCGAGUGUCUUCACGUGCAUCUGACGAUAGAGAAAUUCAACAGGAACCGAAAGAGCACCACCAGUCAACAGAACAAUGUGGCAAAGAUGACAGAGAUGGUGUCAUGGAAUGUAAAGGAGAUCGACUUAGUCCUUCAGAGCCUUCUAUUCAGGAGCUGCAGGACCCUGAAUUGAAGCACGAAUCUUACCAGAGUGAAAAUAACAGACUGUGCAAUAAGGUGAAGGAUUCCAAAAUGAGAAUAAGAGAACUGGAGAAUGAGCUGUGCACAGAGAAGAGGAAAUCUGAGAGCCAUGCACACAGGAUCAGAGAACUGGAAAUGGAAAUGUCCAACAGCUCCCUAAUUGGCGUUCUGACCGAAUGCAAGACAAAGGUGGAGCAAUUGGAGGAGCUCAGAUAUUCAUCACGUGAACUGAUGAUCCAACUGCAGGAGGCAAACAGGAUUGCAGCGUGCCUGAAACAGAGGAUUUUCCACCUGGAGGAGGAGAGGAUGUUGAAGCAGCAGCAGCUUGUGAAUCUGGGAGAAGAACUCGAGGGUUCCAGGAAAGCUCUGGAGCAGAAGAACAGGGAGAUGGUCAAGGUCAAGGUGCAGGUCCAAGCCCUCAACGAAGAGCUCGAGAGGACACAAGACAAAAAGCUUUGUCCAGCAGAAUGCCUUUCCAACGGUCACACUGUUAAUCAGCCUCACAGACGAUCAAGAAAUGAUACUAAUGACUCCAAGCAUUUUUCAAAGCACAAACAUAAACAGGUACCAUAUAGUCGCCCAGAUUCAUGUCUUAACUUGGCAUUGAACCUCUUUGCUGGUGCCGACUAAUGGAAAUAUGAGGGAAGGUCCCAGAACACACUGUGCUGAAAAUGUCUUCUGUAACAAAAUCUCUUUGAAACUGCAGCAGUCUCUAUAAAUCUACAUAUAACAGAUCCUGGAAAAUGUCAUCAGAAUGUGUUUAGAUAGAAAAAAGGAAUAUUUGGUAGCAACUGUUUGUUGCAGAAAUUGGUAAGUUAAAUUGCAAAU